ACGAAAAAAGAGCUAUCUUUGGAAGAAGAAUUUGGUCUGAUGGAUAAUCCUGAUGAGGCUCAGAUCGAUCCCGAGGUACGGGCACGGUUUCAAUCAGCCUCAGCCUAUCUGCCAAGCAUCGUGGGACGACUUGAGCGAAGUCAUCUAACACAAUUUUAUGCACUUUAUAAACAAGCAACUGCUGGACCAGCAAAACCUGCCGAACGGCCUUCAUUUUUCGAUGCUAAAGGAAGAAUGAAGUAUGAGGCAUGGGCUCAGCUAGGCGACAUGCCAAGAGAUGUAGCUAUGAAGACGUAA